GGUCCUUGAGUUUACUUUUGUUUAAAGGUUAAAACAGUUUACUGAAAUACUACCAGUCUACUUCAGCAGCCACUUUUAUUCUCAACAAAACUUAUAGCACGUUUGAAGAUGUCCAUUACGGUGUAUUUCAGCAGUGUGAGUGGCUCUAGAGAGGUAAAGCAACAUCAGUCUGAGAUUUUCCAGUUCCUGGAAUCCAAAAAGAUCAAGUACUUUGCUGUGGACAUUGCAGUAAACACUGACGUGAAGGAGGAGAUGAGGAAGAAAGUGGGAAACCCCUCAGCCAUGCCCCCUCAGGUCUUUAAUGGAAACAAAUACUGUGGGGACUAUCAGAAGUUUUUUGAUGCAGUGGAAGAUGGGAAACCAGAUGCUUUCUUCAAACUCUGAGCUACUAUAGGCACACUGAACUAAUCCUUGUAUUUUUAAGAUUACAUAUGUUAGGAAGCUACAUAUUUUACAUCAUUAAAUGAAAAAAGAUUUUCUUUCAAA